CGGGCAGAGAACGGUGGCCGGCGGCCAGCCCCGCCCCAACCUGUGUCAGCCGAUCCGCCAGCGCCUAGCGGAUAAAAGCGGCCGAGUCUCCCGGAGGUCAGCGAGUUCGGCCCCCUGUCGCCCGCCGCCACGUCCAGCCCUGUCCAGCCAGCAUGUCCCUCCACUUCAGCUCCCAGGCCUUCAGCUCGCGCUCCGCCGCCUUCCCGGGGCGCGGCGCACAGGUGCGCCUGAGCUCCGUGCGCCCCGGCGGCUUCGGCAGCAGCAGCCUCUACGGCCUGGGCGCCUCGCGGCCGCGCGUGGCCGUGCGCUCCGCCUACCCGGGCCCGGGGGGCGCCGGCAUCCGCGAGGUCACCAUCAAUCAGAGCCUGCUGGCCCCGCUGCGGGUGGACAUCGACCCCUCCAUCCAGCAGGUGCGCCAAGAGGAGCACGAGCAGAUCAAGACCCUCAACAACAAGUUCGCCUCCUUCAUCGACAAGGUGUGGUUCCUGGAGCAGCAGAACAAGCUGCUGGAGACCAAGUGGGCACUGCUGCAGGAGCAGAAGUCGGCCAAGGGCAGCUGCCUCCCGGGCAUCUUUGAGGCCCAGAUUGCUGGCCUGCGGAGGCAGCUCGAGGGGCUGCAGAUGGACGGGGGCCGCCUGGAGGUGGAGCUGCGGGGCGUGCAGGACCUGGUGGAAGACUUCAAGAAUAAGUAUGAAGAUGAAAUUAACCGUCGCACGGCUGCUGAGAAUGAGUUCGUGGUGCUGAAAAAGGACGUGGACGCCGCCUACAUGAACAAGGUGGAGUUGGAGGCCAAGGUGGAUGCCCUGAAUGACGAGAUCAAAUUCUUGAAGAUCCUCAAUGAGACGGAGUUGGCAGAGCUGCAGUCCCAGAUCUCGGACACGUCCGUAGUCCUCUCCAUGGACAACAACCGCUCUCUGGACCUGGACGGCAUCAUCGCCGAGGUCAAGGCCCAGUACGAGGAGAUCGCCAACCGCAGCCGGGCCGAGGCCGAGGCCUGGUACCAGACCAAGUUUGAGACCCUCCAGGCCCAGGCUGGGAAGCACGGGGACGACCUCCGGAACACCCGGAACGAGAUUGCGGAGAUGAACCGGGCCAUCCAGAGGCUGCAGGCUGAGAUCGACAACAUCAAGAACCAGCGGGCCAAGUUGGAGGCUGCCAUUGCCGAGGCCGAGGAGCGUGGGGAGAUGGCGCUCAAGGACGCACGCGCCAAGCAGGGGGAGCUGGAGGCCGCCCUGCAGAAGGCCAAGCAGGACAUGGCCGCGCAGCUCCGGAAGUACCAGGAGCUCAUGAACGUCAAGCUGGCCCUGGACAUCGAGAUCGCCACCUACCGCAAGCUGCUGGAGGGCGAGGAGAGCCGAAUCAGAGCUGAAGGACCCUUAGAGUGGGGCCUGAUCUACUUCCUCCCAUGGGCAGAUGAGGGGGCUGAAGCUCAGGGAUGGUAAGUGGUGUGCCCAAGGUCACACAGCAAGCGAGACAUUCCCUCUGAAAGUCUAAUCUCAGUCCGGGUUGCUGUCAUUGGGGCUCAGAUCCUCGUUCUCUGAGAGGAGACUGUCCUCUCUCCACUCCUUCAGGGACACGGGGAUGGACACCUUGUUUUUAUCCCUUUACCCCUCAGCCUUUCCCAGGGGCAGGUCUAGGAUUUGUGGUCUUAGAAACUCAUGCAAUUGGGGGGUCUUUUAAGAAUGCAAAGUUACAAAUAUGAAAUUAGGCACAAAAGCAAAUACUUAUUUGGGAUAAGAAAAGAAAAAUUACACAAAGAACUAGAGCCUUAGACAUUCAGGUCCCUUCCUGCUGAGUUCUUUAGUCAGUGUACCAGAAAUUCUUACAUGGAAUGGCUGCCUCAUUGCAACCUGGCUUCCCUCCCCACCCACAACUGCCAGCAACUCCUAGCACUUGCAGGGGCUAUUUGAACUAGGGGCCUGGAAGCUUCCUAGCAUACCCAGCUCUUUCCCUUGGCCUUUGCUCCGCCCCCUUUCUGGACUUGGGGCUGCUGUGGCCGGCUGGGCUCCCCCUACUCCCUCCACCAAAGUGAGGUCUCCCCUCCCCCCUGCAGAGUAAACUCAUCCCCAAGGCCAAGGGCUUGGUGACAAUGGGGCUGUGAGUCACAAAACAAACACACCCAGCUGUCUCGAUGGAUUUUUAAUUUCC